AUGAGUGUCAUCAACUUGACAGGGAGUGUUGCCGAUCAUGUGUACAACACAUACAAGCUGAUGCACACCAACCAGAACGUGGACUUUGUCAAGCGAAAGCACUUAGAAUGGAGCGGCUGCAGCCACGCCGAAAUGUCCAUGAUGGACGCAGUCAUGUCUCUGGAUCAGCUAGUGGACGAGUCGGAUCCAGAUGUGGACUUCCCAAACUCCUUUCACGCCUUCCAGACGGCCGAGGGAAUUCGCAGGGAACACCCAGACAAAGACUGGUUCCAGCUUGUAGGUCUGAUUCACGACGUUGGGAAGGUCUUGGCGCUGUGGGGGGAACCUCAAUGGGCGGUGGUGGGUGACACGUUCCCCGUGGGCUGCGCCUUCCAAAACUCCAUCGUGUUCCGCGACAGCUCCUUCCAAGAGAACUCGGACGACACAAAUCCCAGCUACAACUCUAAAUAUGGAAUCUACAAACCAAAUUGCGGGCUUGAUAAUGUCCUCUUGUCCUGGGGUCAUGAUGAAUACCUUUACCGGGUUCUGCAGUUCAACAAGUGCAGCAUCCCCGAGGAGGGUCUCAACAUGAUCCGCUACCAUUCCUUCUACCCAUGGCACUCCCAAGGCGACUACAUGCACUUGUGUGACGACAAAGACCUGCAAAUGCUGCCUUGGGUGAAAAAGUUUAACAACUUUGAUCUCUACACUAAAGUGGCCGAGCUGCCCGACAUGGAGACGCUGCGUCCGUACUACCAAUCGCUGAUCGACAAGUACUGUCCCGGGAUACUCAAGUGGUGAAACGGCAGCCACUAAACAACAAUUUUUAUUUUAUUUUUUUUAAUCCACGCUCAUUUCUACUAUUCAGUAGCUGUAUUUUUUGUUUUGUGAACAGUAUGAACGAGUUAUUCGAAAAAAUAGCUUUCAGGACAAUCAUUUAUUUUCUUUCAAUGUUUUUUUGUAAAAAAAAAAAUAAAUGUUUUUUGUGUGCGUGUAGUGUACACACAGAAAA